GCCUGCUUAGCUCUUCUGGGCUUCCUGUGUUGGCUGCGUCGGCGCAGGCAAAUCCGGAAGGAGGCCUCCGCCAUCCGUUAUCGCCAGGAUGCCGAAGCCCAGCAGAGCGCUGUGGAGCUGCUGGAUGCGCUUUUGGAUUCGCCGCCUUCAGAGAUCUCAAAGUAUGCACAGCAAGUGGUGCAGAUCCUGAAGGAUUUCCCCGACAAGGCGGCGGUUCAGCACCGUGGGUGGCUUGCGGUGGAGGCCGUAUGCCGAGCCGACAGAGCGCAGGCGGCCAAGAUUCAGGCCCUUGGGGCCGUUCCGGUGUUGCUCGCCUCCUUGGAGGAGCACCGGCGGGUCCGCCAAGUUCAGAAGGCGGGCCUCGCCGCGCUUUCCUGCCUCUCCAAAGCGGCCAGGCAGCAAAUCUUCGACCAAGGUGGCAUUCCCAACGUGGUUGCAGCAAUGGCGAAGUUCCGCCGCGACGGCGAUGUGCAGCUGGGGGGUGCCAUGGCGCUGGGCGGCCUCUGCGUGGCCUCAGAUGCCUGCGCCAUCUCCGCGGCGAAGUACGGCGGCAUCAACGUGAUGACGUCAGCCCUCGAGCGGCACGCGAAGCGUCCUGACGUCCUCAUCGCGGUGUCCGAGACUUUGGCCCUGAUCGCCUCCACGCGAAAGGAGGAUAUCCUGCAGCGGAUGAUGCCGGCUCUGCCACCAUUGCGCGCCCUCCUGGCGCAGCAUGCAGAUGCCGGCACUCGUGAGUCCGAGGUUGUGCUGCGCUCGCUUCGGAAGCUGGAGGACCAGCUUCUGGGAAGUGCCAAGGAAAAGCCGACGCUUACGGACGACGACGACUGGUCCGAAGUAGGCACACCCAGGCAGAAUGCCCAGAAAUCCGUUGUCAAGGCCGCGCAGGACGAAGCGAAACAG